CGCCGUCGCCUCCCUAUCGCUCGCAGCUUGCCAAUGGGUUCGUUCUGAGCCCCUUGAGUCCCUUCCUCAGAUGGCAUUUCGUCUGACAGGCUCCCGCUGACACAAUGCUCGCCCUCUCAUGUCCCUAUUCCGCGCCCUCGACCGGACCACCGCCGUCUCCAAUACGAGGCACGCACGACCGCUCCUCGCAUUCCUAUAUCCAGUGUUGUGUAAGAAGACUCCCCGCCGUAGCUUCAGCAAGAGCUCUGUGAAUGGGCCGCCGAAGCGUCCUUCCAUUUCGACAGAACAUAUGGACAAUUUCUUCAUCCGGGCAUUGGCGCGGGCGGGAUCGUGCCCGGAACAUGCGAAGCAGAUAUCUACCUUACGGGAUAUCGUCCCAUUUGCAACGAGACAUCACAAAACGCGGCGGAAAAGCACAUUGCCCAAGUACAUUAAGAGGGAGUUCAAGAGCAAGGCGGAGCGCAACGGCCCGUUCAAAAGGGCUAGGCAGUUUGCGGAGAGGGAGUUGAAGGCGUUGGUGGACUACUAUGGCAUAGACUUGGCCGCUCCUCCUGAGGAAGAGGUCAUGGAUGAUGGACCACUGAUAUGGAACGUUGGCGACGACCACGAACCCUGGCCGACUCGCAACCCCGAGGACGCCAAAACCGUAGCGAAGCUCGAGGAGCUGCUAAAGGACGAGGAGACGCCACAUGACGAUAUAUUCGAAGCCUAUAGCCUGCUGCCUGCUCCUGGUGUAGUCUACCUGAGCACAAAGACGAUACGGGCGAUGCUCCACCACCUCUCGAUCCUCGAACGGCCUACUCCGACUGCCAUGCAGCGGUUCCUUUCCAUACUAGACGAUAUGAAGAACGCCCAUAUACACAUUAUACGCUCUGAAUGGACGACAGCCAUCUAUCUGGCAGGCCGCUUCAUGGGAACGGUGUCCGCGGACGAAGUUCAAUCCGCUCUGUAUGUUUGGCGAGACAUGGAGAAACGGGCAGGAGUCAAGAGUGGCAUUGUAACGCUCAAUGUGCUUUUCGACGUAGCCGUCAAGGCCGGGAAGUACACGCUCGCAGAGAUGUUUCUGAAGGAGAUGCAAGCUCGCAAGCUCAAGAUGCAUCGCCACUUCCGAGUUUCGCUAUUAUACUACUAUGGCGUUCUGCAGAACGGGAACGCAGUGAGGAAAACGUAUCAAGACCUCGUUGAAGCCGGCGAUAUCGUCGACACAGUGGUCAUGAACUCCGUUAUUGCAGCCCUUAUCCGCGCCGGCGAGCCCGCGGCAGCUGAACAUGUCUUCGAGCGCAUGAAGCGCUUGCAUGCUACGAAAACCACACCCUUCCCGGGAGGCUUAUCCUUCAACGGCCGCAAGUGGCGCGAACGCCGGCUCCUUGGCCUCCACCUCACGCACCAAGCUCGAUUGCAUAAGGAGAUGGGAGACUUGGAAAAGCGCAAGCAACUACAAGACUCUGCACCUAUCGCCCCAGACUCACGCACAUAUGGCCUCCUCAUCCGCCACCACGCCCGCACAGCUGGAAACAUCGACCGCGUAAACGAACUGCUGCAGGAAAUGCGGUACAACUCCAUCCCGCUCGAAGGGUCAAUUUUCAUCGUCAUGUUCCACGGCUUCAACUCCUUCGGCGGGGUACGAUACUCAUCCUGGACAAGAGAUAAGCUCGAGCGAAUAUGGAUUGAAUACCUGGUUGCUGUGGAAGACAAGUUAGAAAGGACCUGGGUCUCGAAGAUGGCGGUUGUUGCAGCGUUGAAGGCGUUCAAGAAAUGCACGGACGCGGAGCGCACGCUGAGGGCUUGGGAAGAAGUCAGGAGGUUGUGGGAGCCAAAUGCAGAAGAAUUAGAAGCUAUGCUAAGGACGCUGAGGACACUAGUACCGCAACAGGGCUUUUUUGAUGAGUAUAGAGGGGUGUAAGAUGGAUUGUAAAUGUAUAUCCGGGCCGUCGGGUACGUAGGGCGUUCCUCGCAUACCCCUGUAUCUGUAGAUAUCUUUCCAGGCAAUGUCUGCAAUGCAAGCCGAUCUCGGGGGAGAGUCGGGUUAACGAUCUUACUAAUCCUGAUCGGCU